GUGAAACCUAAGUAGAAGCCGAAUCCCUCCACAGCAAAAAGAACACGUCUGUUUUCACUUUUAAUCUCCACUGACUUCUCUUCUACAAACAUGGACAUGUCCAACACCUGGAGGAUCGUCAUCCUGGGAAAAGCAGGAGUUGGAAAGAGCAGCCUCGCCAACAACAUAUUUGGAGAAUCCAAAUUCAAAGUAAACACUUGUGAAGACCUGGAAUCGCAUUCCACUGCAGCAGAAACAAAGUGCGUCAGUGGGAGAAGCAUCACUCUGAUCGACACUCGUGGCUUCUUUGACCCGGGCCGCUCUGAGGAGAAGAAGGGUCCUGAGAGGAGGAGGUGCACCACAGAGUGCGCUCCUGGGCCUCAUGCUUUUCUCAUUGUGCUCAAAGUGGAGAAGUUCACGGAGCACGAGAAGGCCGUCAUCACAGCAAUAUGUGAGGAUUUCCCCGAAAACGCUCUAAAAUAUGCCGUGAUUGUCUUCACUCACGGUGACCAGCUCCAAGAGGGAAUGACCAUGGAGGAGUAUGUGGAGCAGAGUGAGGGUCUCAGUGACCUGGUGAAGAAAUGUGGGGGGCGAUGCCACGUCGUGGAUAACAAAUACUGGAAGAACAACAGAGAGGAGUACAGGAGCAACCAGUUCCAGGUGAAGGAGCUGCUCAUCACCGUAGACAAGAUGGUGAGGGAGAACAAGGGAGGGUUUUACACAGAUAAAAAGCUCCAAGAAGUGGAGAAGAAAGUUCAGGAAGAGGAAAAGAUCCUGAGACGAUCAUCAGGGAACACGUCACAGGAAGAGAUCAGGAAGAGGGCUAAAGGCAACGUGUUGAAGAAGCAGCUGGACGAAGCAGCUCCAACCAGCAUUAGAGGUUAUGUGAGGUUUGUCUUCAUAGCUGGAGUGGUGGCAAUGCUCUCUGCUGCGUUCAUCCGUUCAAUGUGUGUGAAGGUUAUAAAGAUUACAUUAAAAAGGUUCUGGGACAAACUCCCUGCUUUGUAUUAAAUAAUAUACAAUCCUUUGAAUCCACUUGAACACAAAGCUGAUGUUAAUCUCACCUCGUGGAGGUCGUUGGUUCUAUUGUCCUUUUAGACAAGCAAUAAAUUCAGUUGUUUAAUCUUUUCGUUUUCUCGUGGAACUGUCAACUAAUGUAAUUGAAAUAUUAUAUCAUGGUUUUACCUUAUAAUGGUGAUUACUUUCUAUUUACUAUUUCAAUGAUGUUUUUUUGUUUAAGGCUGACUCUGUUUGACUUUCUUACCAUCAAUAAAUAGAAUUAAAAGACCAAAACCAAGAAUGAAUUGUCUUUGAUACUAUCAUAUAUAAAUAUAUUGACCUCAGAAUAGUCCUGGUUUCUAUAGUAGUUUGUAUUAUAUGAGGUCAAAGUAUGUCUGUAUUCCUGUUUUCCUCUGUACCACAGAUCUCCAAAUCCAGGAGAAUAAACCUUUUGUCAGUGCACUUUAAUGUUAAUGUUGAUUCUGAACUACAUUUGAAUCUUAACUUGAUUCCCAAAACAACAAAUAAUCUUAAUUUGUAUUUCAUGAUCUUCUUAAAAUAAAGACUCUGACUUAAGGCCACAGGUUAAACUCA